AUGCUUGUGAUGGAAAAGAUCAGUUCAUGGAUACGUGAUAGGUUUACAAUUUAUCACAUUAUCACUGCAACAAUCCAAUUGUUUGGUGCUUUUGUUUUAGCUGUUAUUUCGCCUUUUCUUCUCAGACAACUUCUGCUUCCUUCAUUAGUGGAAUAUACAGUACCGUUGCAUUUCAAUUUUGAGACAUGUCGUGAACAACUUGCUGGUGUUUGCUCAUUUCCAAUUGCUGUGGUUGAUUUCUCGGUGGAAAAGCUGAAAUUAUCACCGGGAGAAAAUUAUGAAAUUAGCAUUGAAAUUAUUCUAUCAGAAUCAACGAUCGCCUCAAAUGUUGGCAUUUUUCAAGCCGUUGUUGAGUUGGUUGAUCCAACUGACCCAAGAAAUAUGAAAAGGACAUUUCGGAAGUCGUGUUUUGUGAAUAGACAUCGUAGUUUGAUAUAUCGCAUAGUUCAAGGAUGGUGGAAUUUGGCAUGCCAAACACUAUUCUUUCCUGCUUAUUUUCUUGGAUUGUUGACUAUAUCAGAUAAUCGUAAAUUAGAAGUCUCAUUCACCAAUCAUUUUGUUGACAGUGAUCUAGAUAACACCACAUUACUUUAUGUACAACUUCAAAAUCGCUUUAUUGAGGAGCUGAAGAGAUCAGAAAUAGCCGAUGAUGUGACAUUCCUCACUUGGAAUGAUUUAAGAAGGAGUUCAGAUAAAGCUUUAGAAAAUUCUCUGCAUCGACGACAACGAAAUAAAGAAUUGAAGCAAUGA